GUGCCACCACCACCACCACCACAUCCUCCUCCCUCCCCUCCGCUCUCCACACCGCCCCUUCCCCUCCCUCCCUCCCCGAAGGAAACAUGACUCUCUACUCGAGGCGCAUUCACACGACCCGGGAGGCUCUCUCUCCACUCCAGUGUCUCGCUGGGAGCCUCUCUGUGAGCUGCCUCAAUCCAAGACUUAGCACUUCACAAUAGAGAGAGAGACACACACACACACGCAUACACGUUGACACACAGACACACGCAAGUCACACUUUUGAUUCAGCUGAAAGUGGCGUCGCGAGUGCUGUGUUUGGUUCCACUUCUGGCCGGUGCGAGCCACGCUGAGCGAGAGAGGAGGAGUCCGCGGGCUGACACUCUCACAGUCUCCGGCUCUCGCUCGCUUGCUCCUGCUGCUGUUGCUCUACGACGUGGAGAGAGCAGCAGAGGACGCACGUGGAGUGCAAGAGAGCGAGACGGAGGGAGAUCGUUAUCGGGAGUGGUGAGAAGUCUGCUCUGCCCAUCGCGGCUUCUGCUGGGCAAUAUGGGUCCACACGUUCUUCGCGUCCUGGGAUUACUAGUGUUGCCGCUGGCGCUGGGUGCCGCAUGCAACACCACGGGUUUGAUGAUCGCCAUGGACGAGUUCUGCCUCCCCCAGUUCGAGUUCGAGCUGCGCAACUUGAGUAGCUUCGAGCGCUGCAACUGGUCUCUGAUAUACAGCCACUACGAGUCCCUGUCGCACUGCACCCAGAAGGCCGCUUCGUGGCAGCAUUGCUUCUGGCCCAAUCAAGAGGUGGACAGCUUCUUCGUGGAAGUCCACCGCCAGCAGCUGUCGGGCUGCGUGACGGAGUCGAGCUCCCUGCGCGACCCGCCCGAGGAGAUCCUCGCGCUCUUCAUCUCGGUGCCCAUGGUCCUCACCACGGUGGCCGCUGGCCUCGUCGUGUGGUGCAGCAAGCGCAGCGAGGGCGGUGACUGAGGAGCGGGAGGAUGAUGGGGUGGAGGAGCAGGAGGAGAUGCUGCUGCUGCUGGGGAUGGGGUUGUGAGUGGGACAGGAGGUGCGCUCAGCACGCGAGAGAUGAAGAGAGGGGAUGGGAUGGCCGGGGUGGGAGGGAGGUCGUGGUUUGCUGUGAGGCGACCCUGGGUUGGACACCGGUUGCGGGAAGACAUCACAGCAUUGGGAACUUUUCUGCGGAAGUUCCACGUUGGACUAACUCGUGUCCUUCUCCACUGCUCACUACAAUGCUGAUGCUGAGUAAUGCGUUGUUUUUUUUCAUGAUUAUGAUCACGACAGUGACGGUGAUGAUGCUGAUGAUGAUACAUUCUGGGGGCCAGACCGGGAUCAUAGUGAGCCUUACUCGUCAAGGCCCUUUAUAUAUCAACGGCUGCGAUCGGCAAUGACCUACGGACUCAGGGGGCUGCACCCCCCCCCCUCCCCCAGUGGAGUUCACGUGGCACGUGGGGAAGAGGGCAAGGAAGAUGAACAAGCGGUCCGGGACUGUUCGAGUCUUGUGACCAAAGUGGACUGUUGCCACGGUCGAAUGGAUGCUUCCGCUUCUUACAACUGUUCGGACGAAACAUUUUUUUUCUAUAAAUUGCGACAGGAAGUAUUGCAAAGAUGUUGUGGAUGGAAACGGUGAAGUGGUGAUGGUUUAUUUUUUGCUUUAAAAAAAAGAAUGACGAUGAUGGGGGCGAGAGUGAAUGUAAUCAUGAAAGAGUGUUUUGUUAUUUUACGUGCCAUACUUUGAUGGGGAAGCCACGUUUCAAAUUAACUUAUACAAAGACAACAAGGAUCAUGGGAUUCUGGAACACCGCUAACUCAUGUGGAGCGUUGCGGUGGCGAGAUGUUAACUACCUUGCCUGGUAUACAGGAGGUCGGUCGUAGGUUCGAUCCCAACCUUGACGCCUGUAUAUUUGGAGUUUGCGUGUUCUCCCCGUGGAUGUGUGCAUUUUUCUGUAGGUCCUCCGGCUUCCCCACCCACAUAUGUUAUUGUAACUCUCUGACCAGUCCCUACUGGACAUAAUGUUAAACAGAGCUCCAUAGCUCAUAGAAUUAUCCAGUAUAAAUAAAUACAAAUUCUGAUUCUGAAACAUGCGUUUAGAGUAAUUGGCUGCUAUAAAGUUACACGUGUUAAGUCACUUCGUUGAGCUAUCGUUUGUGAUUGCCAAGUCGCUUCGGAAAGAGAGCUAUACAGCUCAGUGGGCCUUACCCGGUAAAAUAAAAAUAAAAAUUUAGUUUUAGAGUCGUGCCUUCCUGACUUGCCGUGAGUGGCCGCAGUGCACUCACGCGUGCGUCCAUCAUUCGCCCUCGAAGCCGCAAUCCCCAGACGGACACGUGCGCGGUGGCGUUCACCGCGAGACGCCGCCGGAGAGAAGUCGGAGCGAGUGGACACGCCAACGGGAGCCGCCACCGCCACGCGCCGUGCGCUGUGUCAACGACGCUGGCUCGAUCGUGACUUUAAGUGCCGCGUGCCGGACCACAUGCGCUCACUACAAGCGCGUUCUCGCCGUGCUCCGACGAACGAAUGAAUGCCAAAGAGACGUUUUAUAAUGCAGCUCUUUAGCCCACACAUUUUAGCGUUUUAUUUCACCCCCCCCCCCACCCCCAACCAAUUUCAUUCCAAUUUUGACCGCCGGUGUCAUGGGACGAAACAUUAUUUCAUUCGGAAUUCUCUCCCCUUCUCCACCGUGGGUUAGAGAACAGCCCACGGAGGGUGGUAUCGUAGAUCAACUUCUGAGAUUCAUGCCAGUGGUUUAUCGUCCACACUUGGGGCGCUGUACUUUCCCAUUGUGUCCUUGUACGUUUAUGUACAGUAUGUGCACCGUAUGUUGAACUUCUUUCGCACCGUACUUACUAAUCAGAGAUGCGGGGCAAGGGUAACAAACUAAACAAACUAAGCACAAAAAGCGGUUAUAAAAAAAUGAGUGUUCUUUUGCCGUCGAGAUGAUUGCCACGUGGAAAUCAGAACUGGAUUUUCUUUUUGGCAUAUUCAAUGGAAAAAGAGAUUUGAUAUUACGUUUUUAAAAAAAACCUUGUCUUUUAUUUUUAGUCGAGCCGUUGACUGCGACCACUUUCACCUGAGAACCAGGUUUCACAUGAGAACGAGGUUUCACUUGAGAACCAGGUUUCACUUUAGAACCAGGUUUCACCUGAGGAUCAGGUUUCACUUUAGAACCAGGUUUCACUUUAGAACCAGGUUUCACCUGAGGACCAGGUUUCACUUUAGAACCAGGUUUCACCUGAGAACCAGGUUUCACUUUAAAACCAGGUUUCACCUGAGGACCAGGUUUCACUUUAGAACCAGGUUUCACUUUAGAACCAGGUUUCACUUGAGAACCAGGUUUCACCUGAGGACCAGGUUUCACCUGAGGACCAGGUUUCACUUGAGAACCAGGUUUCACUUGAGAACCAGGUUUCACCUGAGGACCAGGUUUCACUUGAGAACCAGGAUUCACUUAAGAACUAGAUUUCCUCGCAGUCGGCUGAACCCAGAAGUUAUCAGCAGUGCCAGUGCAGUGAUUUAUCGCCUGAGCCACCCAGCCACUUCUGUAAUAAUUACAUUCAUAAAAUCAAUAAAGAUCAAUAAAUAUUAGCGUGAAUUACUUAAGCAAAUGAGAAUCCAUCGACACGUGUUGCCUUAUCUCGUUGCUCAGGAUAAUCCGGAUGGCUCGUUUAAGUCGUUGGAGGUGAUUUAGCACUUUUUUGCGAUUUGGAACCGUAAGAACCGACACACAAUGAGCCCGCACUUAGAAUGACCAUGUCACGGAGUCUUUAAGAGCAUCCACUUGACGGCAAAAAUGGAGCACUUUGGUAAUUCCUCGUUAGGAAUCCACGGGCGGCUGUGGGAAUCGAGCCAUUGAUUGGCUCCGUACAAAUUGGCUCGUUGCUACGGUCCAUCCCAUCUGCUCAUUACGGUCGAAUAACGAGGGUUGAAUGGAUCCCGUUGGCUUUGGGGUGAUAGCUCUUGCCAAUCAACACGGGGCCUGCAACGUGUCAACAAUGUUGGGUCUUGAGGCUAAGCACUAUUAACUAGGGAACAUUCAGGGCCACGUAACCCUUAAGGGUGAGCAGGAGAGGUCCUUGUUGUGAGCACGAAAUAUUCUCGCCAAGGAUGCAUAUGUAUCUGCUUAAGUAUGAGAUGGAGAGGCCUUUGAGAAAAGGAGGCAUUAAUAAUACAAUGAUUACUGGCAGAUGUUUAUCAAUCUGCUGCUGUUUGGGCAGUGUGGAUUGGUUUGGUGGGAGGGGUAGGGGGGUUGGUGGGGAGAGUGGUGGGGAGAGUGGUGGGUAAGAAUCUGGUUAGAUAAAUCUGAAGAAUCUGUUUAGAUUUGCCACUGACAUUAGCCGUGGCCAGGAAUCUAACUCAGGUUGCCGAGUUGGUUGAUAGCGCAGUGCGCUAACCACUGCAUAACCCUUCCCUCUCCACCCUGAGCAGGAAUUGUGGAUGUGAGAAUUGAUUCCGAAUGUUGUUGUGAUUUUAUGGAUUGUUACGAUUCGGGAUCGCGAUUCGAUUCUCAACAUUAAUUGUUAUUUUGCCGUCUUGUACCGUCACGCUUCUAUUGUUUAUCGGCUGCUCCGAUUGUCUAAAUGUAACGUUUGAGUACAGUUUCGUACGCAUCGUAAAUAAUGGAUUGUAACAUGCACACGACGAUGCGAGUGUCGUGUGAGUUUUAGGAAUGGAUUUUAAUCAUCAGAUCGUUAUGUGCCUGCGAGUAAUGCUGCUUGUUGAUGAUGAUUCAAGGCUUUUUUCUGUUGCUGAUGAACAGAUAAUGCGAUUGAGGGAAGUGGCACGGUGUUUUGGAAAGGCCACAUCUGUCCUCUGGCACAGUGUAGGCUGCGCUGUAAUCUCCAGCAAGGGAAGGAGCAGCAGCUGUGAAAGCUUUUUGCAGAUGUAGGUAGCUUUGCGGAGGAGGGGGUGGGGGGACGUGGAAAAUAGGAACAAAUCCUGAGAUAAACAUAUCACCAGUUCCACCACCACUACUGCCACCACUACCACCACCACCAGCACUGUCUCCACAACAACGAUUGAAACCAUCACCGCCACAGCUAUAGCCAUCUCCAUUAUCACCACCACCAUCAUCAUCAACGCCGCCACUGUAAUUACUGCUACCAUCACCACCACCACCACUAUCUCCAAAAUUAUUGUCACCAAAAUCUUUACCACGAGUCAGCAUUUGUCACCACGACCAACGCAGUCAUCACCACUGUCGCAAUCACCACCACCACCGCCACCAUCACCACUCCGAACAAUUAGCAGGAUUGGGGCUGGACCCCGGCGGGGCAACAGUAGUCGUCCACAAGAAAACAACGAUCAGAAAUGCAUCGUUUAACCCCCCCCCCCCCGCCUUCUAAAAAGAUGCAUUCAUAUAAUGGAUGCACUAGUGGUGAUGAUAUGUACGGCUUACAAAGCGUUCGCGAAUAUGAAGCGUUUUCACCGUCAAUUUUCGGUACAGCUGUGGUACACAAAGAGACAACUGAAUUGUGGACAUUCACCCCACCACCACCACCACCAGCCGUCCGGCAAUUGACAGUCGGACGAUGCAGAUCAAAAGUAAUGGAGGUGCUGGUCUACCGAUCUUUACGUUAACCUCAGGUUCUGUUACGUCUCGAGAGUCAGUCGCGCUCUCAUUGAUCGCGUCCCCCAAACAACCUCGUGGCACGUUCUGCCGUCGUCUGAAUCGGAAGGGUUCUGGGAGUCCCGUGUUGUCGGGCGGUUGUGGUGGAGUCCCGUCCACGAUGAAGUGAGCUCUCUUUUUGUGCCGCAAGCUGUUACGAAAGUCCACAAGUUAAAAAAAAAAAACAGAAUAAAGUGUAGCCGUGAAACCUUGAAAUCAAGAUCGAAUAUGAAACUAUUAUAAUGCCCUGCCCGUUGUAGGACAGCAGCCAGGCAUUUGGUAAUUAUUAAAAUACGCGAGCGAAAAAGCCAAAUAAAAAAAACAUGUAAACGAA